ACGAUGGCUUGCUCUUGCAUGGAGCUCGCUCUGGAAGGGGAGAGACUCUGUAAGGCGGGCGACUGCCGCAUGGGGGUGCAGUUCUUUGAGGCAGCUGUGGAGGCUGGAACUGAUGAUCUGAAAACUUUGAGUGCCAUUUACAGUCAGCUAGGCAACGCCUACUUCUACCUGCAAGACUAUGGCAAAGCUCUGGAGUACCACAAGCAUGACUUGAAUCUAGCUAGGACAACAAAUGACAAGAUUGGGGAGGCUAAAGCGUCUGGAAAUCUGGGAAACACACUGAAGGUGAUUGGUCGAUUUGACGAGGCUAUUGUUUACUGUUUGAAACACCUGGAGAUAUCGAGGGAGAUGGAGGACAAGGUGGGAGAAGCUCGAGCACUCUACAAUCUGGGCAAUGUCUAUCAUGCUAAAGGCAAGCAUCUGGGUCGUCAUGGUAACCAGGACCCUGGUGAAUUUACCCAAGAGGUCAAAGACUGUUUACAGAAAGCAGUUCAGUUUUAUGAUGAAAAUCUGGAGCUGGUGAAGACACUUGGUGACAGAGCAGCAGAAGGCAGAGCAUGUGGUAACCUAGGCAACACCCAUUACCUGCUGGGAAAUUUUGCAGAUGCCAUAGUUUACCAUGAACAGAGACUGUCAAUAGCCAAGGAGUUUGGAGACAAAGCAGCAGAGCGGAGAGCAUACACAAACCUGGGCAAUUCUCACAUCUUUCUGGGGGAUUUUGAGGUGGCAUCUGAGUGUUACAAGAAAUGUUUGCAGAUUGCCAAGCAGCUUGGGGACAGGGCGCUGGAGGCUCAGGCCUGCUACAGCCUUGGCAACACUUACACCCUGAUGGGAGACUUUGAAACCUCCAUCAAGUACCACCAGUGUCACCUGUCGAUUGCCCAGGAGCUGUUUGACCGGGUGGGCGAGGGUCGGGCCUGCUGGAGUUUGGGCAAUGCCAGCAGUGCUAUGGGGAACCACAAGAUGGCCGUGCAGUACGCUAGCAGACAUCUAGAGAUUUCCAAAGAGUCAGAAAUAUAUUUCAGGAUGAAUGUGGUAGAAGUAUUGGCCACUGUUGGCAUCCAUCAGAAUGAUGAUCUUCAUGAUGCUGCAUUGAGCAGACGCCCUGAUAAGUCCCGCCGCUUCAGCAUGGAGAACAUGGAACUGGUAAAGCUGACUCCAGAUAACAAGAAUAAGCCAGCCAACACAGGAGCACGGCCCAAGCAGAAGGUUCAGAAGUCGGCAAGUGUGGCUGUGGACAUGGGUGUCGACCCCAAAGGGGCUCAGGUGAGUAAAAAUGGUUCAGGCGAAGAGUUUGAUGACGAUGGCUUGUUUGACCUCCUGACACAGUACCAGAGCCGUCGGAUUGACGAUCAGAGAUGCUCGUUCCGACUGCACGACAAUCCAUCUCCAGACCCUGAUGAGAGCAAAGAUGUUCGAUUAGUGUCGUCACCGGCCAGUGAGAAGUUAAUGGAUAUGGUGGCUGGAUUCCAGGCAUCAAGAAUGAAUGACCAGCGAGCUAGUCUUCCCAGCUUCCCUGGGCUGACCUCUCAGGAGGUCAUUGGGCAGCUCUUGAGCAGUUCUAACGAGGAGAAAUUGAUAUUUCCUGAUGACAACUUCUUUGAAAUGCUCAUGCGAUGCCAGACCAGAGAAGCUCCUUACCACAAGAACUGUCUGCCCCUACAGUGCCAGAUGAAGAUUUUCAUUAACCUCAUACUGCGCGUGCAGUCCAGCCGCAUUGACGAGCAGAGGUCCCAUUUGCCAGAGAAGAAUGUUCCAGUCUUAUCAGGGAAAAAGAAGAAGUGA